AAAUAUGUUGGUCGAAGGUAAAGAAAAUUGUAUAAUUACAGUUGCAUUAAAACGGACAUAAGAAAGUUGCGGAAUGUUUGACAGGUUUGAAGAUAGAAAGCUUGGAUUUAUUGAAAGGGAUCGGUGCUUCGAAAUACAGCAGUGUGGCAGGGUCGGCUACUGUUGUCAAUGAAAUUAAAGGGAAGGAGAAAGUGGGUGAUUGCGCUGGAAAGAGCUUACUUGCUGAAAUACCAGAUUUGAACAUCCCGACGUAUUAUGAAGGAGAGUUUGUAGCCCAGUCAGAUGACGUGGCACUUAGGCAGAAGAAAAGGCUGGCUUCUAGUAUGACAGGAGAGGAGGAAAUAGUUUUCCAGCCGGCGAAAAGGCCAUGCGUAUAUGUGAGACAACGUAGGAAGAAAGUUGUUUUUGCAAUCUCGUCUUUUGUACUAGGGCAAUGCUACAAGGAGAUAAGGCACGCAGUGGCCAACCCGGGGUCGCGGAACAUGAAGCAAUCUUUCAGGGGUACGCGUCCUCGCAUUUGGUUCAAGCAUGAGGAGCCAGAUUUGCUGGAGAUGACUGGGGACGAAUUUGUAGAUCAGUUUACUGGUUUGUGUGGACUGAAUUACAGAGGAUUUGUUGUGGUCAUAAGGAUGAUGUGGGAGGUUGAGCUGACUUGGAUGACACCUGCACAACGAAACCGUUGGAGGCACAUCUUGCUACCUCUCUGGGCGGAGCUGGUGGCGUAUGACAAAAAUUAUCUUGCUAAUUCAAAGGUGAAAGAAAUGUUCACAAGUGAGGUUUGGGGGUAUGAUCUGCGUUGCUGCAGGAUGAUAAUGGCGCCGAGAAGGGAUAGAGAGCAAUACUGGACAUUGUAUGCUAUUGACAUGAGCGAAUGCAUUGUGCAUGUCCUUGAUCCAAGGGAUUCAUGCAUUGGAGAGGAACGUCUCCUGGAAAAACACAGUGGCAUUUGUGAGAAGCUGAUUACUGGAUUAGGCAAGUGUGCAAGAGAGUUCUGUAAGGGCUGGGAAGUGGUGCCCGAGAAGUUUACAUACAAGUGUCACGAGGAACUUCAUGGGCCAGCAGACAUUGACGAAUCUGCGUUCGACAUGGUGCACUAUUUCAAAUACUUCGACGGGAAAUCGCUGGUGAAUGGGAGAUCAAAGGAGUGGAAUAAACAACUGAAGGGCAAUGUGUUGCAGAUGGUUCUGGGAAUGAAAGGGAACAAAGGAUGCCCGCCUAAAGGCGUCCUUGCGCCUGAAGUCUAG